CAGGAGGCGGCUGAAGGUGUGGACGGAGGGAAGGCGCAGAUCCGGCCGAGCCCCGGGGCUGAGAGCACGCAGGCGCGCCCCCGCCGCCUUCCCUUUCUCCUCCUCCUCCGCCUCGGAGGCGCGCUCCUGAAGCAGGCGGGGAGGGGGCGCUCAGGUGGGGCGAUGGCCGAACGUCGGCGGGGCUCCGGGUGAGCGCUGCGUCUCCCUCCGGCAACCACACCAUGGGCGCCCGGCCGCUCCUCUCCGCGCUGCUGCUGCUGCUGCUCGCCUUCUCCCCGGUCUUCGGAGCCGACUGGAGGUUCUGGAAGCAUUGCGAGUAUGAACUGGUUGGCCCCCUCUACACAUGGAAUCUCGCCUCAUCCUCUCGAUCCAGCAUCUUCCGUGCUGCCACUUUCGGUCGUAUUUAUGGUGCUGGUGGUUGGUCUCCUGAUCCCAAAGACAAGCAUCCUUGGCUCCAGAUUGACCUGACGAAGAAAGCCCAUAUCAAAAGCAUUGCCACUCAGGGCACCUUCAAUUCCUACAACUGGGUGACGCGGUACAUCGUCCUCUAUGGGGAUCAUCCUAACAACUGGAAGCCUUAUUUUCAACGAGGGAGCAAUUGGACAUUUUUUGGCAACAUGAACGCAAGUGGUGUGGUCCGCCAUGAGCUGCAUUACCCCAUCUUGGCUCGCUACCUCCGCAUUAUUCCUGUAGCUUGGAAUCCACAUGGGCAUAUCGGUUUACGUGUGGGCCUUUAUGGCUGUUAUUACCAGUCUGACAUCUUAUAUUUUGAUGGUGAUGAUGCGAUUUCCUACAGGUUCCGCAUCAGAACCAUGCGCACCAUGCAAGACAGGCUUGCGUUCAACUUCAAGACAAUGGAACGUGAGGGCCUCCUGAUGUAUGGAGCAGGGGCCCAGGGAGACUACAUCCGGGUGGAACUGCAUCAGGCCCAGCUGGUCCUUAGCAUGAGUCUUGGCAACAGCUCACUUAACAUGAGUGGAGGUGAGACAAUAAUGAAAAUGGGAAAUCUUCUGGAUGACCAGCACUGGCACCAAUUUCGACUUGACCGCUACAGGCAGUUUGUCAACUUCAGCCUGGAUGGAGAAGUCGUACACUUUCGUCUCAAUGGGGCAUUUGAGCAGCUAGACUUGGACAGAGAGAUCUUCUUUGGAGGAGUGAUGAACUAUGAAAAACAUCGUCUUGCUUAUCAUCAGAACUUUCGUGGCUGUAUGGAAAACAUAGUCUACAACCUGGUCUACAUAAGUACUAUGGCAAGACUCCGGAAACCUGCCAUCCGAGUUGACGGUCACAUUGGUUUUUUCUGUCGGGAUAACUUCCUGUUCCCUUUUACCUUUGCUGGGGUCAACAACUUCUUGCAAGUGCCAGGGUAUCCCCGGCGCAAUCAACUGAUGGUCAGCUUCAGCUUCCGCACAUGGGACGUUGUGGGGCUCCUUUUGUACACACCUUUUGCAGAUGACCUGGGAUGGCUUGAGAUGGUGCUGAGUGACGGACAGGUCAAUGUAACUAUUGCUCAGCCAAAAACUAAAACCAAGAAGGUGGAAUUUGGAGCAGGUUACCGUCUUAAUGAUGGCUUCUGGCAUUCAGUGUCCUUAGUGGUGCGUGAAACCUCAGCUGUCAUCACCAUUGAUGACCAGAAUGAUGCCAGCUUCCGUGUUGACCGAGACAUUCAGUUGCGCACUGGGAACCAGUACUUCUUUGGAGGCUGCCCUAAACCAGCAUCACGCACCGGUUGCAACUCCAACCAGACAGCCUUCCAUGGGUGCAUGCAGAUGGUCACUGUGGAUCGGCAACCCAUUGAAUUAGACAUGGUCCGCUUGCAUCGGCUUGGCAAGUACUUUGAAGUGUACUUCAACGUAUGUGGCGUCAUUGAUAGGUGCACACCCAACAUGUGUGAACAUGGCAGUCGCUGUAUCCAGUCCUGGGAUGACUUCAAAUGCAUCUGUGACUUGACGGGUUACAAGGGGGAGACCUGCCACACUGCUGUUUACAAGGAAACAUGUGAUGCCUAUCGACUCAGUGGUAAAACAUCUGGCAACUACACUAUUGAUCCUGAUGGCAGUGGCCCCCUGAAACCUUUCAAUGUUUACUGUGACAUUCGAGAGGAUCGGGCAUGGACGACCGUAUGGCACAAUCGAUAUUGGCUCACAAGAGUGACAGGCUAUAGUCCUGAAAAUCCAUUCCUUGGCACGGUCGACUACUGGAAUGCAUCAUGGGCCGAGGUGUCAGCCCUGGCAAACGCCUCUGAAUACUGUGAGCAGCAGAUUGAGUUCCGCUGUUACUUCUCCCGCCUCCUCAACACUCAGACUGGAAUGCCACUGAGUUUCUGGAUGGGCCGAAAUGCAGAGCGCCAUUAUUACUGGGGUGGGUCCCCACCAGGACUCGGGCGUUGUGCGUGUGGCAUGGAUAAGAACUGUGCUGACCCCCGUUUCUAUUGCAACUGCGAUGCUGAUCAUUUUAUGUGGCGGGCAGAUAAGGGUCUGCUUAAUUUUGUAGACCAUCUUCCAGUCACACAGGUUGUGGUGAUGGACACGAACCGGACUGGAUCAGAGGCUCAGUUCUACGUGGGCCCAUUGCGUUGUUAUGGGGACCGAAACUCCUGGAAUACAGUCUCCUUCGUCAGGGGAAAUGCUUUGAUCUUCCCCACCUUUCAGAUGAACUACAGCCUUGAUAUUAGCUUCUUCUUCAAAACCUCUGCUCCAACAGGCACCUUCCUGGAAAACGUGGGCCCAAUAAACUACAUCCGCGUGGAACUCAAUACGAGCCAGGACAUGGUCUUUGCUUACAACAUUGGAAAUGGUGAUGAGAAUUUGACAUUGCAUUCCGAGGUACCAUUCAAUGACAACGAGUGGCAUGAAGUGAAAGCAGAAAUCAAUGUUAAACUAAUUCGGCUGCGGGUUGACCGGAGGCCAUGGGUGAUACGGAUUGUCCCACCUCAAAGCUUCAUCUACAUGAAUCUCACUAAACCACUGUAUGUGGGUACUGCUCAAUAUUACCUGAAUCCUUUCUUGGGUUGCUUGCGGGGACUACAUAUGAAUGGGGUGACUCUCAACUUGGAAGGAAAGGCUAAUGAGACAGAAGGGGUGCUGGUGAACUGCACUGGACACUGCCGAAACCCCUUGGUGCCAUGCCGAAACCAUGGCACUUGCGUGGAGCAUUAUAGUCACUACACUUGCAAUUGUUCUGUUUCUGCCUACGAAGGACCUUUCUGCAAUCGAGACAUUGGUGCCUACUUUGAGUCAGGUGCUUGGAUUCGCUAUGAUAUCUUGACCAUGCCCAUGUAUGCGGUACGAGAGUUUGCCAACAUACUCCAUCAGCCUCUUCAGCCACUUCCUGGCUACAACCUGACUGGGGAGGAAGUGGGACUCAGCUUCCGCACUUCCUCGGCUCCUGCUGUCCUGCUUUAUGUCAGCACGUUUGUGCGUGAUUAUAUGGCCAUUUUGAUCCGUGACGAUGGCAUCCUACAACUACGUUACCAACUAGGCACACUCCCUUACAUUGUGGCCCUGAGUACUCGCUCAGUGGCCGAUGGGCACCCACAUCGCAUCAACAUCACUCGAGUGAAUCGGACCUUGUACACACAGUUGGAUUACUACCCUAUUGUGGUGCAUCAGUUUUCUCUCCUUGUGGACAGCAAACUUGAUUCCCCCAAGGCACUCUAUCUUGGCCGUUUCAUGGAAACAGGUACGAUUGAUCCUGAUAUUCAACGAUACAACACACCAGGUUUCACCGGUUGCCUCUCAGGGGUGAAAUUCAACAGUAUUGUGCCCUUAAAAUCCAUUUUUCGGCCCAGUGGCAGCAACCCUAUGGCACCUUACAGCACAAAGGGGCGGCUUGUGGAGUCCAACUGUGCCUCUAUGCCUUCCAGUUAUAUUGAAGUACCACCUGAGCUGGAUCCUUGGUACAUAGAACCAGUGGAGUUCAUAUACAUCCAUGAUGAUGGCUGGGUUGCAAUUGUUAUUGGAGUUUUCCUUUUCCUGCUUCUGCUCCUGGCAGCUGCCCUCAUCUUAAUGUACCUGCACCAUCACCGUUACAAGGGUUCGUACCACACCAACGAGCCAAAGGCCAUCCAGGACUACAAUAGUAGUGGCGGUGGUGGUGGUGGUGGUGGUGGAGGAGGAGGAGGUGGAGGAAAAGGAGGAAGGGAAGGAGUGGCUGCUUCCACACCUGCAGCUAAGCCAGUUGCCUCACGGAAGGAUCAAAACUUGCCACAGAUCCUGGAGGAGUCCAAAACAGAAUAGCCAACUGGAAUCCUGUGGGUUCAUCCUCCAGUCAUCGGUGCUGGCUGCAGCCUCUUGGCAAGACCAAACCUGAACUGCCAACUGUGCCACUUGCUAGGAGGCUGUCUCCCCCACUCCCCCCACCCCCAAGUCCCCUUGCCCACCCCCUGCGAGAUGGCCUGCCUGGUGCUUUGCCUUGUCUCACCUGCACAUCGUACGGAGUUCUGCUGCAUUGUCCACUUGGACUCAGUGCCACCCAGGAGGCAUCCAAUCAAAGAUUCACUUUCUACAUCUUUUGAAAUAGCCUGAUUCCUACCAGAUGUAUUUCACUUUAUUGAGGGAAUUUGGUUGGUGCCUGAAGAAGCUGCCAAAGUCUUUGUUCUUCACUCCACUUCUUCACAACACUCUUCUUUCUACUGGGGCAGUGUAGUUUCUUCCUUCAAGCAAGAUAGGAUGGCAAAGGUGUGACAAUGCCACCGGCUGUUUCAACAGCCUUUCUCAGUUUGUCAGACUUUCUUCCAGCCAAACUUCAGAGCUCCUUCUAAUUGGAAGAGACAUGACUGUCAGUACUGCACUUUCUUCUUUUUAUUUUUAUUUUUAAGGAACAAGGGAAAAUGCAACGCAAUAUCCAUGCUGGCCUUCUCACAUAUUGACUCGCUAGCACAUAGUCUUCCUGCUUAACUGCUUAGCAUUUUUAAAAAAAGCCAUUAGUCAAGCCAUGCAAUAUAGCCUAUUUAGAUUGUGGCACAUUAUACUGUGCCCUGAAAGAAACCAAUGUGCAAUAUAGGUAUCUGCCUGCCAGUAUUUAUGUGCAGCUGUAGUGCAUGGCAGAAUCACUCGCACUUUGCUACCACUUGCUGCUUUUCGUAAAUCAGGGUUUUGAGAAUUUAAAAUUAUUUCUACUUUUUUUCCUUUUGGUUGUGGGUUAUUAGAUAAGUUUUUUUAUUCUAUCGGUUUGUAUAAAAACACAAAAGCAGAAGUUUGUCUGUUUUAAAGUGAAGUGCUGUUGUCUGUGGUCUGUAGUUUGCUACUUUGGGGGGAGGAUGUUUUGCUCCAUGUGACUUCCAACCCUCUUCUUUACUUACCUUGAAAGUUAAGUUCACUUGUGACUUGUAUGAGAAGAUAUUGUAGCAGGGGCCAAAUGCAUUUAUUUUAUCCAAAAGAUCUGGGCCUAUUCCUGGUCAGUUUAUUUUUUCUAAAGAGCUGUUUGUUUAGACCAAUUGUGAAGGUUACCAUAAAUAAAUAAACUAAAGGAAAAAAAGAGAA